GAUGCUAGCACGGCAAAAACAAGCUGAGUGGUUUGCAUCAACUGCUGUCCUCUGUUGUUGUUAUCAAAGUCGAUCCAGAGGAUUCGUGGACGUCUGUAGUCACUCGAUAAUAAACAAAACGUAGAGGUGAAGAGUCAGCCUCGACGCGACUGCCAUCCCGCUUGUUUACGUUUCGAGCAGUCAACAACAUGGGGCGGAUCUUCUUGGACCACAUUGGCGGGACUCGCCUCUUCUCCUGUGCCAACUGUGACACCAUUCUGACAAACCGUGCAGAACUCAUCUCGACACGCUUCACUGGAGCAACCGGCCGGGCUUUCCUUUUCAACAAGGUUGUGAAUCUGCAGCACAGCGAGGUGCAGGACAGGGUCAUGCUGACGGGGAGACACAUGGUGCGGGACGUCAGCUGCAAGAACUGCAACAGCAAAGUGGGCUGGAUGUACGAGUUCGCCACGGAGGAGAGCCAGCGUUACAAAGAGGGCCGCGUCAUCCUGGAGAGGGCGCUGGUGAGGGAGAGUGAAGGCUUCGAGCAUGUUCCCUCCGACAACUCCUGAGUUCACGUCUGUGGCCGUGGAAGAGCUCAACCUGUGCUCACUGCAGCUUGUCUCUUUGCAGGGGUGCAUUGACAGUGUGCCAUUUGUGAGGGUAGCUACACCAAAAUAAAUCACAGGCUGUGUCUUUAUGAGAAGUUUUCCAUUAUCCAACAUCUAAGAAUGAUUUCUAUGAUGGGUAAUAACAUCAUUGCUUCUCCACCCAUUUAAAAACACCUGCAGUUGGAAUACCUGCCCUGCAAGCUGUGAUAAAUAUGAAACAUGUUGGUGUGGUAUCUGGCUGCCGUCAGAGGAGGAGGGUUUGCUCCUGCUGCUGUACGAGAAGCUCAGACAGACAGAUUGUUCUGCAGUGGUUAGAAUAAAUGUUUACAGCACUGGUGAAUUCUGAACGUUUACAGAAGAGUUAUUCAGGUUAAGUAAGUAGGUGAAGUAUUAACAUAAAAAAGUAUAUGAUGUUAAUAUCACUGGGUAUGACAUCAGUUUUGUCCAUGAAAGAGUUCAGAAGUUUCCACUUUAUGUUACGUCCUGAUAAAUGAUAAUAAAGUCCAACAGGAUUU